CAAGGCCCACCAAUUUAAGGUUGAACCUCAUAAUCGAUUGAUAAUAUAUUUAGUUGCCAUGGAUACGCUAUUGACAUUUCUUCGCCUUGAGUUGUGUUUAUUUACAAAUAAAAUAAAAACUGACGAUGCAUUAAAGCUGCUUUCUAAUGGGGUUUGAAUUGGUUAUAUAUCAAAAUGAACUUGUUGCCAGAACUUGACACAAGAACGGUUUUACAUGUAGUCCAAGAGAACUUCCAGAGUCUUGGCUUGAAAACCUAUGGUAUACGAAUGAUAUACAUUGGCGAACACAAGGCACCACGAGAAGCCAUGAUAGAGCAAAUCGGCAAGACUGUUGAUGCAGUGAAUGGAGGUUACUGUGAUAUGAAAGUAACCGGUUUGCUACUCGUGUAUGACAGUUAUUUCGUCCAUAUUGUCGAAGGAUCAGAAGACACGGUGCACCGUUUGCUACGGUUCCUGUUUAAGACGGAGGUGGACUGGAUAGAAGCCAUGGAACGGAAGGACGCGGAUGAACUGGAGGCGCUGCGGCAAGCGGCGCGCCAGGCGCAGGCGGACGGCGACCCAUUUGUGUGGCCCGAGGAGCCCGAGGAAAAGCCCGACCGAUGCUUGUUCCGGAAGCUCAAGCUGCUAAUAGUUUAUCAUUCCAUAAAAACUUUCCUGUUCAAAGGUUGGAGAGGGAUAACGGCGCGGCCGCCGUCGCUGGUGGGCGUGCUGGACAUCAACGCGCCGCUGGCGCAGCACAUGGAGCAGGUGAAGGUCUGCCUGGACAAGAUCGCCAUGCUGUGCAGUCUCGCCACUGCUGAUGAUAAUCUGUCGUUCGAAGGCAUGAGCGCGGCGGACCCGAAGAUUAAUGCGUUGCCCGAAGUCGCACUGCUGGACCUUCUCAUACAAUCGAGGCACACUCUAGCCCUGCGCGAUGUCAUACACUUGCACCGGCGCGUCGACGACCACGAAUUUUACUUCGAGAAAGUGUGGCCUCUUCCAAAUCACUUCACACCAAGACUGCUCUACAAGCUAAAGGUGGACGAUUCCUUCGUGGAGCCCUUGCCUGUCAUGCCCUGGGAAAUGGUCAAGAAAGAGAAAACCGAAGAAGAAGAGGACCAGGAACGGCAGAGCGGUAGCUCCGACAGUGAUUAAAAUGUGGCUCUUAUUUUUUAUAAUUUGCUUUUUGUACAACCAGACUAUGUGUGUAAGUAAAUAUCUUAUGGUUUGCUACACGCGGAUCUCGUACCAAACAGUAGGUAACUUGGCUAUUUUAUUUUUUAUAUGUUAUUUCUAACAUAAAUAUAGACCAAUCUAAAAAAAAAUGUAACUACUUACAACUUUAAAUAAAAUUGGCCAACUCCACUAUUAGCAGAUGUAAAUACGUCAAGUUCUUUUAAACUUUUUUUUUUAAUACUUUGUAAAAUACCUAGUAAUAGGUACCAACGAAUUAAGUGGCCGUAGUUUAACAUAUUAUAUG